CAGUACGCUUCUGUCACUCGGUCGGCCAACAACACGGCGCGCUUGCUCCGCUCAGGUCCGCUCCACCGCCUCGAUCCCGAUCCCGAUCUCGAUCGCCAUACCGCUCGUCGGACCGCCCGCUGCAGUUGUCAUUCGAAAGCGCGUCGCUCUCGGCGGCUCCAGACCAAACCAAACCAGUUACAAGCACUUAACUGCCCUUGCGGAAACAAUUGCAUUGUAAACAGCCAGCAGAAAUGCAUCAAAUGUGGAACCGCAACUGGAGCUGGACUCUUCUGGUUUUCUCGGCCCUGCUACUCCUCUCGGCGGAGGUGGCCAAUUCGGAGGAAUGCGGCCAGGAGGAGUUCACCAAGUGCGCCGAACCACUUGAUAUGCUGCAUUUAACGUCGGACUUCUCGAUUGGCCCGGCCAAGAAGGAGGAACUGGAAAAACUUUGUCAUGAGCUGCGCAAGGGCGUGAGGUGCAUCCAGAGCUACACCCGGCGUUGCAUGGAUCUGCAGCAGAGGAAUCAGUUCAACAAGCUCUACCACGGCACCAACCAGUUCAUCAGGGAUCUGUGCAACAAGGGCGCCUUCCAGGACGAGUACCUCAAGCACGUUCCCUGCUCCGAAAUGGCCAAGAAGGAGUUCGAGGUGUGCUCCAAUCGCUACCGGGAGACCAUGGUGUUCCUCAAGCCCAACAAGAACCAGGAAAACUCCGAGAACGGCACGCUGAACGAGAACAUCAAGACCAUUUGCUGCUCCAUCAACGAACUUGUGGAUUGCUCGGAGGAUGCUGCCCGCAAGAUCUGCGGCAACGAGGCGGCAAAGUUCACGCGUCAACUGGUGGACAAAUACGCCAACAGCCUGACCAAGAUCUACUGCGAGGACUUCACCCGAAAUCCGGGCAUCUGCAGGGAUGGCGAGGGCAAUGGCUCCACCCGAGCAGCUGGCAGUAGUUUGGGCCUCCUGCUCACAGGGACACUGCUCACACUGCUGGUCAGCAGAGGCAACAGAUAGAUGGCAGAGGCACAGCUAAGUGCACAAAUCUAGAACCAGUCUUACCAGAACGGAAUUUCGAGAGAGGAGGAGAAGGAUAAAUAGUUAAGGUUUCCCCCAUCACACCGAAAGAAGAAUUCCACACGCUGUUGCAUACUUCUGGCAGUCAGUUUAGGCCACAGAAUCCCCGAGAGGUCAAAGGAGUAAGCUAUACAGUAAAGUACACGUUAAGUAUGUUAUGUAUACCAGUAUGCAUAUACCAUAUAUCUAUAGGGAAUAUGAGAGCAGAGUCAGGCAUGGCUACGAUCGUAUAUAUAUGCGGAUAUGUGUGUUACUAUAUAGUGGAUAUAGGCUAGCUAGUUAGAAUCAGUGUUGAGUGUGGCAGGCAGGUUAGUUGUUGUUGGCCUUACUUUCCAGUCGUCGUCGAUCGUGCAAUACUAGAGUUUCGUUGAGUUUGUUGAAGUUGUCCAGGCUUUAAGUGUAGGCAUAUUUUAGAGAAUACCCCUAAGUUUCACAAAUCGUUGUUAGCUGAAGUUAGAGCGCGCCCCACCCCACCCACCUCUGUUUACCGUAACACCAGGCAAUGUCAAAAAU